UAUCAACUUGAAACUCUCAUUUUUCCCAUUUCUCAAAAACUUGAGUCUCUUUCCAUAACGGUGCUACCAAUAUCAAACACUUAUUAAAGACUUAGAUUCUGAACUAAAGAAAUCUAGCAGCAAUUCAGAGACAUUAGAUAUCUUGUGGCUAGGUCCAUGGAUGAGUUUCAUAGUCCCAACUCACUACUAGUAGAGGAUGAGUUUGAGUCAACGUUGCAUUCAGCUCCAUCAUUUGCAAUAUACAACAACUCCUCUCAUGGAGAGUUUGGAGAUGAUGACAACGACCCAGAAGAAGUUUUGAAGAGAACUGCUUUGAUUGGACAGAGUUUGAAAGCUAAGGGCAAUGAGGAGUUUAGCUUUGUGAGGAAGAGGAUGGAUUUGAUCGAAGAAGGAGAGAAAGAGAAAGAGAAUGAGAAUGAGAAUGAGAAUGAUUGGUCAACUGGGAUUCAGAAGUUUAGUGUUGAGGAAGAAGAUAUUGAACCACCUAGUCCUCCCAUGUAUUUGGCAACAGGGCUUGGUGUUGGAUCUGAUAACCUUGCCAGUGAUGAUUUAUUUACUCCCAACUUGCAAGAAAGUGAGGAUCUUGAAGAGUAUUACAAGAGGAUGGUUGAUGAGUAUCCCUGCCACCCUUUGAUUCUGAAAAAAUAUGCGCAGUUUUUACAAGCUAAUGGAGAACUUCAAGGGGCUGAGGAGUACUUUCUUCGUGCCACCCAAGCAGAUCCUAAUGAUGGUGAAAUCUUGAUGCAGUAUGCGAAGCUGGUGUGGGAGCAACAUCAUGACAUUGAUAGAACAUUGAUCUAUUUUGAACGUGCAGCUCAAGCUGCUCCUCAAGACAGCCAUGUUCUUGCAGCAUAUGCUAGUUUUCUCUGGGAAACUGAAGAUGAUGAGAACGAAGGUGGAAAACAUGAAACUCAGAAUGACAUGAUAAAACAAAAGACUGAACAUGUGAAGCCCUCCAAAGAAGAAAGUGAUGCUGUUCGUUCAUUCUCAAUCCUUGCAGCCGGACAAGAGAUUGAUGCAGCAAAUCUUGCAACAGAUAAUUAUAGUGAAGGCAGUAAUGUUGCAGAUUAUUUUAAGAAGAUGACUGAUGAAAAUCCUCACAAUCCUUUGUUUCUGAAAAAGUAUGCUCAGUUUCUGUUUCAGUCCAAGAGAGACCUUCAAGCAGCAGAGGAUUACUACUCACGUGCAAUCUUAGCUGAUCCAAGUGAUGGUGAAAUGAUGUCAGACUAUGCUAAACUAGAGUGGGAACUUCAUCAUGAUCUGGAAAAGACAUUGUUUUUAUUUGAGCAAGCAGUUCAAGCUGCCCCUGAGAAUAGCAAUGUUCUUGCAGCACAUGCCUGCUUUCUUUGGGAAACAGAAGAUGGGGAAAGCUGAAAUUUAAAGGCAGAGCCAUGUUCAAGAGAUCUUCUGCUAGAAAAUGCCGUGACUGUAGCAAAUAAAUGCUCAUAGUCAUAGGAGAGAAUAAAGGAAACCAUACACAAUCAAUACUAGGGAGCAACAAGAUUAGCUCAUCUAGAAAUAAGGAAAACCAUAUUUCUUUUAUUUAUUGCUUCUUCUUUUUUGGCUGAAGUUUUUUGUGCUUCUGGAAUAACAUGUAUCUAACUUUCAGUGACACAAAAAUAACUUACGAAAUGAAU